AUGACAAAUAACGAUAACAUCAGUUUACCACCACCACCACCACCAAUAUUUCAACAACAAAAAUCUAUAUUUGAUGGCUUGUUAAAUAAUAGUGAAAUGUUGUUAGCCAUCUGGCUUACUUCGGACAUAAAUGAUAGAAUUAAAACAAAGUUACAGUAUAUAGCUGAUAAGCUGAAAAUAUUUAUGAGUACAGAUGAGUGUAUAAAAUAUAUGAAUGAAGAUGUAAGCGGCAAACCAAUAAAAAUCUUUUUAAUCAUAUCAGUUAAUGAAAAUAAUGAAUUAGACCUACUAAUUGAAAAUGUACAUGAUUUAAAUCAGCUGCAUUUAAUUUAUAUUAAUCAAAACGAAUCGAUGGUGAAAAAGAAGAAUUUUUCAAUAGAAAAAUAUUCAAAGGUGAACAAUCGCUUUUGACGACCAUUUCCAUGUCAAGUGAGACGAAAGAGAAUCUUUGUAGAAACCAAGACAAUCUGCUAUUUGUUGUCUCACCUCCAUAAGUACUCUGUUGACAUUAUAUAAUAUAGAGAAAAUAGUGUCCUGGGGUACCUUGACAAUAGAAAUGUUUCUGCAAAGCCAGAGUUCUACUCGUAGUUCUCAAUUUUCUUCAUCAGAACUCAACUUUUAUGCUAUAAAAAUAUCAUGUUCGGUAUUAAGAUCAAAAACUGGGUCGAGCAAUGCGUAUUUUCAUCCUAUACGAUUACUUUAGUUUUUGUCAAAUUUUCACGUUGAAAAAUUAUCAAGAUUUUCAUAAAAAAAAUGAAAAUCAGGGAAAAUUUUCGAAAUACACAUCGGUCGACCCAGUUUUUGAUCCUGGUCCCGAAUAUGAUAUUUUUACUGCAUAAAAGUUGAGUUCUGAUGAAGAAAAUUGAGAAUUAUGAGUAGAAUUCUGGCUUUCCAGAAACAUUUCUAUUGACAAGGUACCAGGACACUUUUUUCGCUAUAUUAUAUAUAAUAAAUUGUAGCUUGAGAAAUUCUCUAUCAGUUGAGGUAUUGGUUGAAUUUUCUCGUCAUGCCGUUAUUUUUUAGAUAGGACUUUAAGCUAGUAGAGACGACUAAAUUAACGUUAAUUAGUUAUUAACAGAAAGGAAAAAGCAAAAGUCUUCUGCUCCUUUCCUAUAUUAAUAUUCUCCGCGCAUUUCUCUAUCGAUCUAGAUGAGAGCCAAAUUUUUAUAAUGAAAGAGGAACGGCCAGGAAAUUUUUAAUAGUAGCCCUGUGCUCAAAAAUUUAACAUCAUUUUUUUCAG